AUGACCGCAGGGGAAGAAGGAAGGAAAAGCGAUUUGGGGAAGCCGAGGGCUGGGACUGCGGGCGAGGCGGGAGAGCAGAGCCGGGGCUGCGGGGAGGCGCCCGCGAGCGGAACAAGGGGCGGAGGCGCAGGCGCGGCCCCCGCCCGCCGUGCCCGCCCCUGCUCCCAACCAGGUCCGACCACACCGUAUAAAGGCGCAGCGCGGGCGGCGCUGCCUCACAGCAGCAGCGGCAGCAGCAGCGGCGGUGUCAUCAUGUCUGGUCGGGGCAAGGGCGGCAAGGGGCUCGGCAAGGGCGGCGCCAAGCGCCACCGCAAGGUGCUGCGCGACAACAUCCAGGGCAUCACCAAGCCGGCCAUCCGCCGCCUGGCUCGGCGCGGCGGCGUCAAGCGCAUCUCGGGGCUCAUCUACGAGGAGACGCGUGGGGUGCUCAAGGUGUUCCUGGAGAACGUGAUCCGCGACGCCGUCACCUACACGGAGCACGCCAAGAGGAAGACGGUCACGGCCAUGGAUGUGGUCUACGCCCUCAAGCGCCAGGGCCGCACUCUGUACGGCUUCGGCGGCUAA